GCUAUGAAAAAGGCAAUGAAAUCAACCUCUGCAAAGGGGAAACAAACCUCUGGGAAGGGGAAUCAAACCCUUGCCAAAGGGAAGAACACCUCUGCAAAGGGGAAACCAGCCUCUGCAAAGGGGAAACCUUUGAAAAAAGGUGCAGUCCAGAAAGGAAUCUUGAAGAAACACAACUUGCAAAAGUUGGGGCAGCUGUCCCUCCAGGACAAAAUCAAACAAAUCGCAGAAACCAAUGAUGAUGAACAUGAAGCAGCCAAGGAGCUGCAAAAGAGUAUGACCACAGCAGAAAAAAGCAGGACUUGGUCCAAACACCAGACCCACCUCAACAAGAAUGGCAAUGAGGAAGAAAGGGAUGCAUUCAACAAUGCAUCUAAAAAUGAAAAGGGAGAGCUGACAGCCCUUUUCCUCAUGAGAAAGGAAGCUGCCAAGUUCUGCAAUGUUAGCAGGUCCAUUGGCACCAAGCAAGAGGAGUUCCAGCAGAAUGAAGAUGAAUAUGAAAGUUGGGACAACUUCUUGGAAAAGGAGCUGCACUCUCUGAUGAUGGAUCAAACCCCUGGGAAGGGGAAAGGGAAAGGGAAGGUGAGCCCCAAAAAGGGCAAAGGCAGGGGCAAAGGAGAUACCAACCCAGAGACACCCAAAGCACUUGAAGACUUGCCACCAGAUGAGCAGCAAACUGAGUGCCUCAAGAAGCUCAAGAAAACCAGGGAUUUGGUGCAGCAGUGCAUGACAAACUAUGAAGAAGCACUUGGAAAAGUGAAAGGCAUGCAGUACCUAGAAAAGGAAGCACAGCUUUCAAAGCUGGAAACUACACUUGGGAAAGUGAAGAAACAACUUGCAAAAGGUGACAAGGGAAAGGUCAACACCACCAAAGAUCUAUUGAAAGAAGCUGUGGCCACCAUAUCAGAAGCCAAAGAGGAAGCCAAGGAGCUUGUCCAGAUCAGUAUGAAAACCCAGUCCAAGAGUUCCAGAAAGUGA